AGCCCCAGCACGAAGCGAACGGCGGGAAAGCUCCCGGCGAUGCAUGUGCCUUGUCCCUCCGGUGACACCCGUGGGGGAGACGACCCGCCACCGUGUCCUUGGCGAAGGUCCUCCCUGCCCUGAUCCCCGGCACAUCCCGGUUCCCCGCACCGAGUCAGCGCCUGAGGGGGAACCCCGAUGGACUCAAGAGCGGAGCAGCACGCGUCCUGACCCCCUCCCCAGGCAGCUGCCCCCGUGACUAUGGACGAGUGGAACCCCAACCCUGCCACCAAGCCCCACAAGAAGCGGAGCUGGUACCUUGCCUGGAAGUACAAGCUGAUGAACCAGCGUGCGCUGCGGAAGCUGUGCCAGACAGGUGCUGUCCUCUUCCUGCUUGUGACUGUAAUUGUGAACAUCAAGCUGAUCUUGGACACCAGGAGAGCUGCUUAUGAGGAAGAAGAGGAGUCUGCACAGGACUAUGAUGAUGAGGUGCUGAAUGUGGAGGUCCCUAGGCACCCUGUCAGCAACAAGAAAGUCUUGGAUGUCGAGGUGUACUCCAGCCGGUCGAAGGUCUACGUGGCUGUGGAUGGGACAACGGUCCUGGAAGAUGAGGCUCGGGAGCAGGGAAGAGGGAUCCACGUCAUCGUCUUAAAUCAGGCGACGGGUCAUGUGAUGGCCAAGAGAGUCUUUGACACCUAUUCUCCCCAUGAAGAUGAAGCCAUGGUGCUUUUCCUCAACAUGAUUGCCCGGGGCCGGAUCCUGAUCUUCACCAUUAAGGAUGAAGGCUCCUUUCAUCUCAAGGACACAGCCAAGAAUGUCCUGAAGAGCCUUGGGAGCCAAGUUGCACCAUUCCUGAGCUGGAGAGACAUGUGGACAUUUGUGGGGAAGAAGGGAGGGGAAGUGUAUGGGGAGAAGCAUGCCAAGUCUCCUGCCCUCUCAACGUGGGGUGACCCUGUACUCCUGAAGACAGAAGUUCACCUGACAUCUGUGGAAGAUGCCGAGUGCCACUGGCCCGACACAGAGCUGAACCGCCGCCGCAAGAGGUUCUGCAGCAAAGUAGAAGGUUAUGGCAGUGUCUGCAGCUGCAAAGACCCCACACCCAUCGAGUUCAACCCUGAUCCCCUCAAAGACAAUAAAGUCUUUGAUGUGCCCGUGGCUGUUAUUGCAGGGAACCGCCCUAACUACCUGUACAGGAUGCUGCGCUCUUUGCUGUCGGCUCAAGGCGUCAACCCGCAGAUGAUCACGGUCUUUAUCGAUGGUUACUACGAGGAGCCGAUGGAUGUGGUGGAGCUGUUUGGCCUCUCAGGAAUCCAGCACACUCCCAUCAGCAUUAAAAAUGCCAGAGUUUCCCAGCACUACAAAGCCAGUUUGACUGCAACCUUCAACCUGUUCCCGGAUGCUAAAUUUGCUGUGGUUCUGGAGGAAGACCUUGACAUUUCUGUUGACUUCUUCAGCUUCCUGAGCCAGUCAAUACACCUUCUGGAGGAGGAUGAGAGCCUGUACUGCAUCUCGGCUUGGAACGACCAGGGCUAUGAGCACACAGCUGAGGACCCCUCACUCCUGUACCGUGUGGAGACCAUGCCAGGCCUGGGCUGGGUGCUGCGGAAGAGCCUCUACAAGGAUGAGCUGGAGCCAAAGUGGCCAACCCCUGAGAAGCUGUGGGACUGGGACAUGUGGAUGCGGAUGCCGGAGCAGCGCAAGGGCCGGGAGUGCAUCAUCCCCGACAUCUCGCGCUCCUACCACUUCGGCAUCGUGGGGCUCAACAUGAACGGCUACUUCCACGAAGCCUAUUUCAAGAAGCACAAGUUCAACACUGUUCCGAAUGUCCAGCUUAAAAAUGUGGAGAGCUUGAGGAAGGAUGCAUACGAGACUGAAAUCCAUCGGCUCCUGGGUGAGGCUGAGGUCUUGGACCACAGCAAGAACCCCUGUGAGGACUCCUUCGUGCCUGACACUGAGGGCAAGGUCUACGUCAUGUUCAUCAAGAUGGAGCAGGAAGCAGAUUUCACCACCUGGACUCAACUUGCCAAGUGCCUCCACAUCUGGGACCUGGAUGUCCGUGGGAACCACAAGGGCCUGUGGCGACUGUUCCGCAAGAAGAACCACUUCCUGGUGGUGGGGGUCCCUGCCUCCCCCUACUCGUCCAAGAAGCCCUCCUCGGUGACACCCAUCUUCAUGGAGCCCCCCGCCAAGGAGGAGGGGGCGGCAGUGCCGGCGGCUGCGGCAGAGCAGACGUGAGCUGGGCAGCCGAGAAGCACAGGGGACCGGGGAGGGGACCGAGCCCCCCGCGCUGCGGAGACCGCGGGCAGCAGCUCCGGCCCUGGCCACGGCCGCGGCUUCCCCUGGCAGGCUGCAAAACGAGAGCUCGGGCUCCCUCCAGCCCCCUCUUGUGGUGUUCCUCGCCCGGGCCAGGGUCGCUCCCUGCACACGUGCCACCCUCACCGCAGGAACUGCUGGGUUUUUUAACACAGACUCUUUACUAACGCUGCUCCUUUUGCCCCCUGGCUGGGCAGGGCUAGAAGAAGGAGAUGCCCAACGCGGGGCUGGAGGGGUCUUUGAGAAACACCUCUGCUCCCCUUUUUGUCCCCCGAGUCCUGAGAAGGCAGUGUGCUGGGAUGCAAGUGCUGCAGCCUGCCAGCUGGGUGCUAUUUAUUAACUCUUGCCUGGCUGGCUUCAUAUUCACCACACAGUGGUGAGGAAGGAGAUCUUCUACCAUCUCUUCCAUCUCCUGCACCACGGAUCCCCCGGGAGGAGGCUGUGCUGGGUUGGACAUCUCCCACGCUGGCUCCCUGCUUGGGCUGCAACCAUGGAGCAGCUGCCUCCUACGUCAAGGGGAUGCUGGAGGAGCUGCUGUGGACACACUGGGGACACACUGUACCCAGCACCAGGGUGGGCCUGGGCCCCUUCCUCUGCAGUUCUGGGGAUGACUGUAGCUGGAAGGGAAAUGGGCUGUGUGCUGCAGCUCGGCCUGUCCUCACCCCUCCUUGUCUGUGGGGAACAGCCCUGUCCUCCAAGUCCUGGGAGAGGGGGUGAAAGUGCCUUGCAGAGCGAGCUGGGAGCAGGGGCAGGAUGGACUGGGCUCCUCUGGAACAAGAGGUGCUGUGCCCUGGUGUGGCCCUUGCCUGUGCUACUGUACCUUGUCUCUCCCUCUACCCGGGCUGGCUACCCCCAGCUUCUGCUGAAGGCAGAGGGGGUUUUGUUUUCCUCCAUCCUCACCCUGGUACACAUCUAGCAGGGAAGCUGUGAGCUGACCGACAAGGGGCAGUGUGGCUCUCCUGGUACAGUCCUCAUCCUUGUCCUCCCUCCCAUGCCUUAGGAAAGACCCCAGGGCCACCUCCUGCCCUCAGCCCCUUGGUACUAAUGUUUCCCCUGUUCUAGGGGCAGCCCUGGUCCCCUCUCUCAGUAUUCCCCUCUCCUCCAUGCAGCAGGAGCUCUAUUCUCUGCCCAGGUACCCGAGCCUCAGGCAGGGAGUCCAUGCUUUGCCUUGCCCUUGGGGUGGAGGAUUUGCUGCUCAGCCCUUUCUCUGUGGUUACAGGGGCUCUUCCCCUUCAUUUUCUCACUGUGAACUGAGCAUGGGGGUCUACACUACACUAACUUAUUUAUUUAUUGCUUGUGGGAAGGGAAGGGUAGCAGGAAGGCAGGAGGAGAGCUGGCAGCCCCCAGCCUGCAUGGGGGGGAGCCACUCAGGGGAGGUUUGUCUCAUCCCCGCUGACUCCCUCCUCUCUUCUCCCCCUUCCUUCCUUAUCUAGCAUAGGAAUGAACGGUUGUGAAUCUAGGAAAUCUGCUUCUCCUUGGCCAAAAUGAGCCCUGUAUGGACACAUCUCUAGCCUCAGCCUCUGGGCCAUGCCAACAUACCAGUCCCAGCAGCGGGGGCUGGAUGCAGGAGAGGAAUAAGAGGGUACAGCAUGACUUAGCCCUUGAGACUGCAGUGGCAGGUCAGGGUUGAACACAAACAUCCUCUUCCUCCACAGUGCUGCCCUUUCCCUGCUCCUUUUAACGUGAGGGGAAAAAGAUUGGCUUCUAGGGAAAGCAGCUCACUCCCCUUCCCCUGCUUUGGAAAAAGCCACCCCUCCCCUCUGUGCUGCCCAUUCCUUGGCAUCUCUGGUCCCAAGGCCCUGUUUCCCUUCUCUGAAACUAAAGGUCCUCCUUUCAGAAUCACAGAAUGAUGGGGGCUGGAAGGGACCUCCAGAGCUCACCCAGUCCACUCUCCUCCUAAAGCAGGUUCCCCUCCCAUCAGGUCACACAGGAACGUGUCCAGGUGGGUUUGGAAACCUCCAGAGCAGGAGCCUCCACACCCUCCCUGGGCAGCCUGGGCCAGGGCUCCCUCACCCCAACAGCAAACAAGUUUCUCCUCAUGUUCAA